CUUACAGAUGAAAUUUUCUUGUUCUUAUCUGUCCUGAAUGUUUCCCAACAUGAAGACAACACACUUACUCAUUUUGGUGGGAUUUAUGGCAGAGUUUCAAAUCUUCUCAAGAGCUGCUUCUCCAGUCCACUGCCAGUGGGACUCCUUUGGCCCUUGGUCGGAAUGUGAUGGCUGUACCAAGACACAGACUCGAAGACGAUCAGUCGCUGUUUAUGGGCAGUAUGGAGGUCACUCAUGUGUGGGAAGUGCUUUUGAAACACAGUCCUGCAACCCUGACCUAGGCUGUCCAGCAGAGGAGGGCUGCGGAGAACGUUUUAGGUGUUUCUCAGGUCAGUGCAUCAGCAAAUCCUUGGUUUGCAAUGGGGAUUCUGACUGUGAAGAAGAUGGUGCUGAUGAAGACAGAUGUGAGGAUGCAGACAGCAGACCUUCCUGUGACAUUGAUAAACCUCCUCCCAACAUAGAACUUACUGGUAAUGGUUACAAUGUGCUCACUGAUCAGUUUAGGAACAGAGUCAUCAACACCAAAAGUUUUGGUGGUCAAUGCCGGAAAGUGUUCAGUGGGGAUGGAAAAGAUUUCUACAGACUGAGUGGAAAUAUCCUCUCUUAUACAUUUCAGGUCAAAGUGAAUAAUGAUUUUGACUUUGAGUUUUACAACAGUAGUUGGUCUUACCUAAAGGACACAUCCUCGGAACAUACAUCAUCUGGUUCAAGGAAGUUCUCUAUUUUCUCUUCCUCAUCUAAUAGUAAGCACAGUCAUAAUUCAAAGACCAAGGAAAUCUACAUGAAAAAGAGUUAUAAAUUGUUGGUUGUUCAAAACAGUGUUGAAGUGGCCCAGUUCAUUAAUAAUAAUCCUGAAUUUCUACAACUUGCUGAGCCAUUCUGGAAGGAACUCUCUCAUCUUCCCACUCUGUAUGACUACAGCGCCUACCGACGGUUAAUUGACCAGUAUGGGACACAUUAUCUGCAGUCCGGAUCCUUAGGAGGAGAAUAUAAAGUUAUAUUUUAUAUGGAUUCAGGAAAUACCAAACACAAUGAUUUUGGGUCAGACAAGGGGAAAGAAUGUUCUUCUUCAGGAUUCCUCGUUCUUUUUUGGAUCCUCUCAGAUAAGAAAUGCAAGGAACUGGAUGAAGCUUUGAAAUCAACUUCAGGAACCCAGGACAGGAAGCUUCAAGGAGAACCGUUUAUCAGAGGUGGAAGUCCUGGCUUUGUAGCCGACCUUAGUUUCCUGGAGUUGGAUAAUCCUGCUGGAAACAAACAGCGGUACUCUUCCUGGGCUGAAUCUGUAACCAGUCUUCCCCAAGUCAUAAAACAAAAGCUGACACCACUGUACGAGCUGGUCAAGGAAGUGCCCUGUGCCUCUGUGAAGAGACUGCAUCUGAAGCGGGCUCUUGAGGAGUACCUGGAUGAAUUCGACCCUUGCCAUUGCCAGCCUUGCCAGAAUGGUGGCCUCGCUACUGUGGUGGGGACACAGUGUCAGUGCCACUGCAAACCAUACACAUUUGGUAUGGCGUGUGAGCAAGGAGUCCUUGUUGGCAAGCAGGCAGGAGGGGUUGAUGGAGGUUGGAGCUGUUGGUCUUCUUGGGGCCCCUGUGUUCAAGGGAAGAAAUCAAGGAGUCGGGAAUGCAAUAAUCCCCGUCCCAAUGUGGGUGGCAAGGCGUGUAUUGGAGAAACAACUGAAAGCAAGCAGUGUGAAGACCAGGACUUGGAGAACCUGCGAUUACUUGAGCCACAUUGCUUUCAUUUGUCUUUGGUUCCAAAAGGAUUCUGCCCAUCACCCCCUGCCUUAAAAGAUGGAUUUGUUCAAGAUGAAGGUACCAUGUUUCCUGUUGGGAAAAACAUAGUAUAUUCUUGCAAGGAAGGGUAUUCCCUUAUUGGAGAUCCUGUGGCCAGAUGUGGCGAAGAUUUACAGUGGCUUGUUGGAGAAAUGCAUUGUCAGCAGAUUGCCUGUGCUCUACCUGCACUGAUGAACGGCAUGCAGAUUCACCCCCAGAAACCCCUUUACAUGGUUGGUGAGAAGGUGACCCUCUCCUGUGCAGGUGGCAUGUCCUUAGAAGGUCCUUCAGCGUUCCUCUGUGGCUCCAGCCUUAAAUGGAGUCCUGAGGUGAAGAACACCCAGUGUAUACAAAAAGACACUGCCACUCUGCCACCUGCAGCUCCUGCAUGUCAGCCCUGGGAGAAACUGCAGAACUCUAAAUGCGUCUGUAAAAUGCCCUAUGAGUGUGGGUCCUCCUUGGAUGUAUGUGCUCGAGAUGAGAGAAGCAAAAGGAUCCUCUCUCUGACCAUCUGCAAGAUGCAUGUUCUCCUCUGCCAGGGACGAAAUUAUACUCUGGUUGGCAAGGACAGCUGUACCCUGCCAGCCUCAGCUGAGAAGGCUUGUGGUGCGUGUCCACCCUGGAGCAAAUGUGAUGCUCAGAACAGCAAAUGUGUCUGCAGAGAAGCAUCAGAGUGCCAGAAAGCAGAGUACAGCAUCUGUGUGAGCGUGAAUGGCAAGGAGGAGACAAUGUCUGAGUGUGAGGCAGGUGUCUUAAGAUGCAGAGGACAGAGCAUCUCCAUCACAGCCAUAAAGCCCUGUGCUGAAGAAGCCCAGUAGGACCCAGGAGGCUCUGGUCCUCUUCAUCAGAAUCUAGUGAGCAAUGGAUGCUAAGUUAAAACAUCUGUAACUGGUACUUAGAUACUUUCCCAACAUGAAGGCACCAUCUUUUCUCCU